CAAUUACCCAUUAAGAAAUCCAAAGACCUCAACAAGAAGGAAAUACUCAUUCUAAAGAUAUUCUUUGCUUUCCCAUGGCGGAGGUGUCAGAUCUCCACCUCUUCGACUCCGCGGAAGAUGACGAUGGAGAAGUAGUAGACGAAGUUGAAACCCUCGACUUCUCCUCUCUACCUUACUGGUCCAAUGAUUUCGAUCACGACGACUUCUACGCCUCCGAUUCUGAUCCAUUCUUUCCUCAGCUCUCCGAAUUCGUACCCUCUGAAUCUGAUCACUCCAUUGAUGCUCCUCUUCUUGCGGACGACGACAACAUUCAUGAGCUCCAAUCCUGCCUUCAGAUUGCAGACGCUGAUGGGUCCGAUUCUGAUUCCGUCACCAACGACGUCAAUUACUACAACCACGAAGAUCAGCUAAACUUCGUUAUGGAUUUGUUCGAACGACGUUUAGAGCAAUCGCAUGUUACUGAUAACUCUAAUGGCUCUGCAUCGGACCCGUUGUCCGAAGCUGUAAUAAAUGAAUCGAGUUUUGGGGUUCCUGUGGCUCGGAAUCGUGAGAUGAACGCCGAUUUUGUGGAGUUAGGGUUAGGGUUGGCUAUCGCUGCACAUGGUGAGGAGGAUGAGAAUGAUGGUUUUAUGAUUUCCGAGUGCGGUGGGGGCGAGUUCUUUGUGGGAAGACGGGGUUCUGUCUCCGAAUCUGGUGAGUCUUCCACGGUUCAUGCAACGGAACCGGUCGUGGAAGGUCUCCGAGUUGUUGGAAUUGGAUCCGAUUCUGAUGAGGAGGAGGAGGGAGGGUUGAGGAUUGAUGUACAUUCUGGCCAUGACGACGAGCUGGAUCGGGCACAGGACUAUCUGGGCCUUCCUCUUUGUUGGGAUUGUCUCCGUUUGGAAGAUCAGAGGGAUACAAAUGAAGAUUUUGAGUGGGAGGAAGUCAACGAAAGGGCCGAUGAGAGGGAGGUUCUAAGCAUGGUCGUCGAUGCCGAUGAGGAGAGGUCGGUUUCGACGGAUAUCCGAUCGGAAGACGAAGAAGAAGAAGAAUCAGGUGAAGGUGGGGAAGAAAGCAUUAGAAAUCUGGAGUGGGAAGUUCUUUUGGCCGAUAACCAUCUGGAAAGGAACGCAGAAUUGGAGCAUGAGAUUGAAUCCUAUCAUGAUACCGAGUCUUUUCUUGCUGAUGAGUACAUUUACACAGCAGAGUAUGAAAUGAUUUUUGGGCAAUUCACGGAGACUGAAAGUGCACUGAAAGGAGGUCCUCCAGCUUCCAAAUCAGUUGUCGAGAAUCUGGCAUCGAUCUUCUUAACCCAAGAUGACGUAAAGGACUGCAAUGUCCUUUGUGCUGUUUGUAAGGACGAGAUCUCUACAAAGGAAGAAGCCAAACGGCUUCCUUGUUCCCAUCACUACCAUGGGGAUUGCAUUAUACCAUGGCUCAAUAUCCGGAAUACAUGCCCUGUUUGUCGGUUUGAGUUACCUACAGAUGAUCCUGACUAUGAACAAAGGAGAAUACGAAGGUCUGGUCAUCGUCUCUAGGUGGAUUCUCAGGUCAGACAUGGUUUUGAAAUGUUUCCUGAGCAGUAGGAUGUGCAAAUGUAGAUACAGUUUUUGGGACAGAGUCCUUAUUUUCCCUUGCUGUUCUCUAUGUUUAUUCUGAUUGCAGAUGUAGCACUCUGUUGUUUUAGUAUGUAAUUUAAGAAUCUUUUUUAUAUAAAUAAUUAUCCAUACCUUCUUAAUCUCUUA